CGUUUCACGCAGCCAAUGCCCGGACCCGAUUUUACACAUGUACGAGAUGGAAGAUGCCUCACUAAUAUCUAUAUCUAGUGGUGUGGUAACAGUGAAUGCACUCCACUGACCUUGACCUUGUUGGAAGCUAGAAGUUUUCCUGACUAAAUUUAAACCUUAGUAGUAGCGGCAGCAGCAGAGGAAUAGGCGUGGCAUUACUGUGUGUAUAGGAACCAUGGACGGGGACGUGCCCAGGACCAAAGAGAAUGGGACCUCUCAGGACCCCUGUGCGGGACUUGCCCCUAAGAAGGAGCUGCGGUUUGCCCUAGACGUGGCUGAUGGUCUGCUGAGUCAGGACCAUGAAGAGCUCUGUGAGCGUGUAUCCUACCUGGAGAAGAAGGUACAGCAGCAGGAGGAUGAGAUUAUCUGUCUGAAGAGUGCUCUCGCCGAUGUCAUUCGCCGUCUUGGCCAGGCAGAGGCAGGCAGAGCGCAAAACAGCAUUUUGCCGUCCAAGCCAGCCUUCCGUGGCAGCCCAAGAACAAAGUCUUCCAGUUCACAUUCAAGUCGAACUUCUCACCUCAACGCAUUGGAUAAUGCUCAUGUGACUCCAGCUCGAAGCAACACACCGCCCGCCACACGCAGCGCUGCUUCACCUCGACCUUCGUCCUCAACCAGCCUUAGCAAGAAAUGGUCCUCCAUGUCCAACCAGAACAGCAUCAGCGGUCAGACCAGUGUGAGACGUAGCGUUUCCCAGAGCAGCUUGCUGUUGCGGUCAAACCAUCGAGGUGCAAAAGAUCCACUAUGGAACUCUGAUGAGGGUUACCUGAAGAUCUACCUGCGUGGUCGCCCAGUAAACCUGUACUGCCCAAGUUCCAUCACAGAGUAUGACAUCUCCAAGAUCAGUGACACUCCUGAUGAAAAACUCCGCCUGGAGUGGGUCUAUGGUUACCGUGGGCGUGACUGCCGAUCCAACCUGUACUACCUGCCAACAGGAGAGAUGGUGUAUUUCUCGGCAGCAGUUGUCGUCCUUCACAACAUCGAGGAAAACACGCAAAGACACUACGUCGGUCACACAGACGAUGUCAAAUGCUUGGCGAUUCACCCUGACAAGAUCAAGGUAGCGUCGGGACAGGUGGCGGGCCACAGCCGCGUGGAAGGCAAGAAGUUUGGUAAAAAGACAGAAAUACCUGUUGAGGAUCGUGAGCACUGGCCCCACAUCCGUGUCUGGGACUCAGUCAGCCUCAACACCAUCCAUGUGGUAGGGGUGGGGGAGUUUGACCGUGCUGUCUGCUGCAUCUCCUUCUCCAAACUAGAUGGUGGCCAUCAACUAGUUGCUGUGGACGAUGCCAAUGAGCAUGUGAUAUCUGUUUGGGACAUAAGCCGUGACUCACCUCGUCGUAUCACAGAAACCAAGAGCUCCACUGAGCCUGUCUUGGCAGUAGAGUUCCAUCCCUCAGAGAAGAACUCAAUCAUUUCCUGUGGCAAGGGACAAAUCAAUUUCUGGACCAUGGAAGGGGGCACAUUGGCAAGGAAACAGGGCAUCUUCGAUAAACAUGAGAAACCUAAGUACGUGUUGUGCCUGGCGUUUGCUGAUAGUGGUGAAGUGAUCUCCGGCGACUCCAAUGGAAACAUCUUUAUAUGGGGCAAAGGUACCAACAGAAUCACACAGGCAGUGACCGGCAGUCACGAGGGGGGUGUCUUCUCGUUGUGUGUGAUGAAAAAUGGAUGUUUGGUGUCUGGAGGUGGAAAGGACCGCAAGCUUAUUCAGUGGGAUAGCAACUACAAACCAACAGGAGUUGAAAAUGAGGUCCCAGAAGCAUUUGGUGGAGUAAGGAUGCUGAGUCAAGGCAAAGGUGGCAUGUUGUUGGUGGGAACUACGAGGAACUGUAUCCUUCAAGGAACCAUCGAUCUGAAACUUGAUCCUGUGGUACAGGGCCACAUGGAUGAGCUGUGGGGCUUGGCUGCCCACCCUAGCCAGAAUCAGUUCCUCACCUGUGGCUCAGACAAACAGGUUCGCCUGUGGGACAGUCUGACACGAUCUGUCGUGUGGGCAAAGGAAGUCGCAGACGCCGCUCACUCUUGCUGUAUCCACCCCAAUGGUAACCUGGCGGCCAUUGGUACAGAGACUGGACGCUGGUAUGUCCUUGACCUACCCACACACGAGAUUGUCACCAACCACACAGAUGGAAAUGAACAGAUAGAAUGCCUGCUUUUCUCACCAGAUGGAAAGUAUCUGGCACUUGGCUCUCGAGACAACUAUGUGUAUGUAUAUGAAGUUAUGGAUGAUGGACGCUACAACAGAAUCGGCAGGUGCUCAGGACACAGUAGUUUUAUUACACACAUAGACUGGUCAGCUGAUGCUCAGAACCUGGUCAGCAACUCCGGCGACUAUGAGGUCCUUUUCUGGGCUAUUCCAAGCUGUAAACAAGUGACCUCUGCCUCCUCCCUCAGGGAUGUGGCCUGGGCUACACAGAACUGUACCCUUAGCUUCAACACUGCCGGCAUUUGGCCAGAUGACGCUGACGGCACAGAUGUAAACAACUGUUGCCGCUCCAGUAAGCUCCACCUGGUGGCCAGUGCUGAUGACUUUGGCAAAGUAAACCUGUACAGUUACCCAGCAUGUCAACCCAAGACUAAAGGCAAUGUGUAUGGAGGGCAUAGUAGUCAUGUGACCAGUGUCAACUUCCUGCAUGAUGACUCGCGUCUGAUCUCCACGGGAGGACGGGACAUGAGCAUACUGCAAUGGGAAGUUGUGUGAUUGGUAAAGCAGCAAUAGGAAUGCAGCAUUUAACUAGCUGUAGGAUGGUGUAUUUGUGGAACAGCCAUAUAGGGAGAACAGCAGGUUGGCUGUGGGAUGUAUCGGGAUUAAAGAGGACAUUACAGGGAAGAUGUUCCCUGGGGACACUGAGUGCAGGAUCAAAGCUUUGUUAAAUAUGUGUGUUUGGUGGUAUAUUUGUUUGUAAUCUUGAGUACAGUUUUUGUAAUAUUAGCAGCAGGGUGUGGGAGAGUAGAACACAGGGUAUAUAGCUAAAUAUAUAUACGUAGUGGGUAUAACUCUUCAGUAUUACAGUAUUCUAGACAACGGCCUGGUUAGAAACAAGCACCAUUGAAGAGAUUUGGAAACUCUUUUUUCUUGUUUAAAAUUUUACGUGUGAUUAUAAAUCAUGGGAUGUCCAUUGGCAAAUAUUGUUUCUGAUUAUAGCUGAAAGAUAAUCGGUAAUUACAGCAUGUGUUCAGUUGAAAUGCAAUCAGUUCAAAUAGAUUAUUCUAUUGGGUCUACUUGUUGGAAAGGUAGAUUAAGGUCCAAAGAAGAGAAAUAUACGUAAGAAAAAGUAUACAGUUUAUGAAGUACAUAUAAGCCAUAUGAAGGGAGCAUUACCAUGAUCAUUUAUGAGCUAUAUUUAAUGGCUAAAUGUGGUCAUAAUAGGAUAGAGCUUAUUAUAACUGCUUUGUACUGUAAUAUAUUUACAAUCUUAAAUACAAGUUCGAAAUGCAUGUAUUAACAUGUACUGUGAGAUUUGGGAGAAUGACAUUUUUGUUUAUGAUAGGUGGGAUCAGCCUUAUAAUUAUUAGUGGUCUUGGAUCAUAUAAGAUCACUUUUGCAUGACAUUGAAUAGUUUUUGAAGUUGUUUUCUUUUCAAAUUACACACAUAACCUCUUUGUUGAUUGUUUGUUCAAGUUUUGUAUGACAGAGGAAGGAACUUUCGACACAUAGAUGCUUGCUUAACCAAGAGAAGAAAUCUUUUCCUUUGUAAUUAGACAGGCUACUGUACUAUCACAUCUAAUGUAUGUUCUAAUGGACAGAAUCAGUUUUGUACUAUUUUCCUUUAAUAAAUAAUAUAAACAAAAUGUUAUUUGUAGUUUGCAGUGUGUGAAACUUGUAAAUCAGGUUGUUGUUAUAGCUCUACGUCUGAAUGUCUUGUAAAAUUUUGACUGAAAAAUCUGUUUGUUUUUGUGAUAUUUUCCAGACUUUGUGAUGUUUGACUGCCUGUUAUGUUAAAAUGUUGAACCGUUGCCUACAGGAUUUCUAUUUGAAAGAAAAACGCAUGUUAGAGUCUUUUUACUGGUGUUGGCAUUCAUCCCCUUAUUUGGCCCUUUAUACAGAACUCACUGCCGAGAUAAUAUGUCAUGUUUAUGUAAGCAAUAAGUCCUGAAUCUGUGGCCUUAUUACUGCAGGACUCGUCCCAAACAUCAGGUAUAAUCAUCAUUUGUAGAAAUCUCUGUCAUUCUGUCCUCGAUUCAUACAGGUACUGCAGUGCAGACAUUAAUCUUUGACCGCUAUCGUGUUACUUUAUAUACUCUUUGACCACAGCAGUGCAACUAGUGCUUUGAUGGUCACUUUUGCGUGCCUGUGAAAUGAUGAUAAUCUUUUUUUAUACGCAGUCUCCUCAAUUUACUCCCAUUACUGUAGUUUAUGCUUAAUCAAACCUUCACAUAAAUACUGCAUCUUCCCUAAGUGAAAUUAUCUACAUCAGCAAGUUUUCUAAUUAAUGUCAAAAGACUUUUUUGAGUGCUUUUUUAAGUCAAUAUCUUACCUUAGAUGAGACGAAUAUCAGCCACACUACUGUAAUAAAAAAAAAUGUGCUCAAAAUUUUGUCAGGAGAGAUUGAAGGAAAACUUUUUGUUCACAACUUAGCUGCAUCAAGGUCUCCAGAAAAACUCAGUCCUAUUUUUGCCUGACAAGGCCCAUAUUCACAAUUCAAAGUCCAGCAUAGGCCAAAAACCAGUCGGAAAAGAUCAUUGUAAAACUUCCCUUUGGCUGUAAACAGGGGACAUGUGAAAAAAAAAAUAAUAUGAUAGUACAUGAAUAGGAGAUUAUUUGUUUUUAGUGUAAAUCAAGUAAAACGUUGUCAUAAUAUAUUUUUCUUCAAUGAAUGUUUGAGUUUAUUCCCCAUUCAUUUAAAAGAAAUGGUUAUAGUUCUUUCUAUUUUAAUAAAAGCAUAAAUGUAGUCAUAAUACUAUUCUAGUUAUGAAUAUAUGGAGAGAGGGCAGGAAAACACUUAUAAUUAAAAUACUCCAGGUAAGAAAAAAUUCUGGUUGGAAUGACCACAAAAAAACACCUACCUACCCCUAUAUAUUUAUUUCUGCUAUAGUACUUGCCCUACAUGUUUAGUUGUCAACUUAACUAUAAUAAGUAGAACAUUCAGGAGAUGAAUCUAACAGUGUAGACCUCUCCGUAUUGUGGCGUAGUUCUAUAUACCCAGUGUCUGUGGAGACUGCUGGUGUUGGUGAAAUGUUGACUUGUGAUUUUUGUUAUAUUAAUAUGUUGAUUGUUAAGGGGAGUCAGUAUUUGUGCUGUUACACUAUAGAUUUAUACAGAUAUACUGAUUUACCACAUUAUUCUCAUCUUUCUAUAUUGUACACCAUAUUUAAUAAUUAUUACUAGACUUAAUAAAAUUUUCAUUUCUAUAA